AUGGUAAAUAUUUCAUUAUCAUUACUUGCUUUGCAACGAGAAAACGUUUCUAAUACCGAUUGGCAACACUUCAAUUGGAAAUGGCCCCGGCAGAGUUAUGCUAAUAAAAAAGAAAAAACUUACGAGACAAAGUCGAAAAACAAGCGAUUCCCUCAGAUAAACAAGUUUACGUGUCGCAACACACUGGAAGGGAUACCUCGGAAAACGAAUUUAGAAUCAAAAAACAUCAGGGAAAAUCCAAAAUUAAACAAAGAGCACGAGGUCGCGGAAAAAAUCGAGAUAUACUACUUUGAUCACGGAAAUUCCGCCUACUAUCACACGACGGAUGUCGUGCCAAUUUUGUUGACGGAAAAAUUUGCUGAAAAAUCCAACUCGGCUGCAACGAGAUUUUGGGCCGAAAUCUUUGGCUACGUCCACAUAGGAACUUCUUUUUUGACGGCUUUUCUCUUGCAAUUCCUACGAUGUAUACUUUUUAGCUUGGUCAGGCCUUUGACCGUCGGUGUUAUUCAACUGAUGGCAGAUUAUUUUAUAAAACCUGUACUUUCUAUUGUGUUUAAUGGUCUUAUACAACCAGUCUUAAUUUUAUUCUACAAUAUUGCAACAUCUUUGAGGGAUUGCUGCGAGCCCUUGGCUGCGGCUCUUGGCUUUUUCAUCAAAGAAGUAGCUUUGCUCUUCAAAUCUUGCAGAUUGAUUGAGAUAACUCGUAAUUAUGGCAGAAAUGAUGCCAAUACGUAAAAAUAAUCUCUAAAAUGAAUAAAAUUUAAAAAAAAUUCAUAUGCAGGCUCAAAAGAAAAUUAAAAA